GGCUGCUGGUUGAGUCAGCCUUAGUCCCUCUCUGCUCCGCUCCCCAAGUUCUGCUCUGAAACUCAGCUGCCAGGAGUUCAGGAGAGCCCAGGUCACCCUGCGAAGGUGUCUGAUCCCUACUGGACCCCUACAGGUCGCCACAUGUGCCCCAGCUGAUGGGGCACUGUCCCAGCUGAUGCCCCAGAGGGGACACCCAUUUCAGGAGAGGCUCUGGGCCCUGCCCAGCCGCCUCAUGGCGCAUGGGCCACAGCCUGAGGCUGAUGCACUCUUGGACCUCAGCUUCCUGACGGAGGAGGAGCAGGAGGCCAUUGCUGAUGUCCUGAAGCGAGAUGCCCGCCUUCGCCAGUUGGAGGAGGGCCGCGUCAGCAAGCUCCGGGCCUCGCUGGCAGACCCUGGGCAGCUGAAGAUCCUGACAGGAGACUGGUUCCAGGAAGCGCGCUCACAACGGCACCACCAUGCCCACCUUGGCUCUGAUCUUGUCCGAGCCUCUAUCCGCAGAAAGAAGAGCUCCAUGGGAGAUCAGGCUCCAGGCAGCGAUGGGGAGGCUGAAGCUGCUGAGAAAGAAGUUGAAGAGGAGCCGGAGCCCAGGCUCGUCGUGGACAAGGCACCCCAAGAGACGCUCAGCAAGGCUGAGAAACCUGAUUCCCCUUCACCAUAUGUCCCCCUAAAGUCUUCAGAUCAUGAGGAAGAGCCCCAGUCCCAGGAAGCCCCGGGCUCUGGGGCCCCACAGGUCUACACGGAGGAGGCGGACCCAGAGCCGGAGCCACGGCCGCGGGGAGCGGAGUCGCCGCCACCCCCAGGCCAGACCCAGACGGCACCCGAGAUCUUGCAGAACGGGGAGGAAGCUCCCGGGCCCAGCCCCUCCCUCGACCGCAUGCUCAGCAGCAGCUCCUCCGUGUCCAGCCUCAACUCCUCCACGCUGAGCGGCAGCCUGCUGAGCCUGUCGGGGGAGGCCGAGGCCGGCGCGGUGCAGGUGCGCGGCUCCGUGCACUUCGGGCUACGCUACGAGCCGGGCACCGCCGAGCUGCGCGUGCACGUGAUCCAGUGCCAGGGCCUGGCUGCCGCGCGACGCCGCCGCUCCGAUCCCUACGUCAAAAGCUACCUCCUCCCGGAUAAGCAGAGCAAGCGCAAGACGGCGGUGAAGAAACGGAAUCUGAACCCGGUCUUCAACGAGACUCUGAGGUACUCCGUCCCGCAGGCCGAGCUCCGGGGCCGCGUGCUGAGCCUGUCCGUGUGGCACCGCGAGAGCCUGGGUCGCAACAUCUUUCUGGGGGAAGUCGAAGUGCCUCUCGACACGUGGGACUGGGACUCUGAGCCCACCUGGCUCCCUCUGCAGCCCCGGGUCCCACACUCUCCCGACGACCUCCCCAGCCGCGGGCUGCUCUCCCUUUCCCUCAAGUACGUCCCCGCCGGCUCCGAGGGCGCGGGACUGCCCCCCAGCGGGGAGCUGCACUUCUGGGUGAAGGAAGCUCAGGACCUCGUGCCGCUGCGCUCAGGAACCCCCGAUACCUACGUACAGUGUUCAGUGCUGCCCGAUGACAGCCACGCCAGCCGCCAACGGACAAGGGUUGUACGACGCAGCCUCAGCCCUGUGUUCAACCAUACGAUGGUUUACGAUGGCUUCAGGCCUGCUGACUUGCACCAGGCCUGUGCUGAGCUUUCCCUCUGGGACCAUGGGGCCCUGACCAGCCGCCAGCUGGGCGGCACACGCCUCAGCCUGGGCACUGGGAGCAGCUACGGGCUCCAGGUACCCUGGAUGGAUUCCACAGCGGAGGAGAAGCAGCUGUGGCAGAUGCUUCUGGAGCGACCAUGUGAGUGGGUGGAUGGCCUUCUGCCCCUCAGAACCGACCUGGUCCCCAGGACAUAGCUGCUCUACAAGUUCCACCACACUCCUCUCUGGACCCCCAUCUCAGGGCCUGCCCUUGGCCAAAACCAAUAAAGUCUAUUCUAAGGGCA